AUGACAAGACCGAGCCAGAGUCGCUACCUGCUUUGUCUCGGAAUUCCUUCUAUCAUCUGUGGCAUCCUUGUGCUGUUCUUCUGGUCCCUGUGGUUCGGUGUCAACUCCGAUCGAGACAAUGUACCGUCCGUGAUCAACCACCUCAUUCCUGCAGGCCAUUGUGCUUGUCAGGCAGCCCUGUCAUUCGAAUGUGGGAGUUGCCUCCGUUGUGCUUCUGAUUUAUCUGACGACCCAACACCAAAGGCACGGGCUUAUAACCCAGUCUAUGACGCGCAAAACCUAACCCUGAAUGCGGCUCAGUGCCAAAGUUUCUUUGCGGGCCUGUUCGAAGAUGUCCACCGCGCAGAGACAUUCUGGACUGCGAAGCAUGGCAUAUCAAUGCGUGACUUGAACGAGAUUCACCUGGUGGAGGGUAUGGCUCGUGCAGCAGUAGUCAACGGUCAGCUCUAUGUGAUAUCCACCCAUGCGCGGGGAGAAGACCAUCGACGUAAGAUCUUGGCUAUCUUGGGUUCGAUUCAUCGGGCAUUAGCUUCAGGUUCUGAUACUUCCACUCUACCUAAUACUGAGUUCAUUUUCUCCGUGGAGGACAAAGUAGAAGAUGUCACCACUCCUCAUCACCCUCUAUGGGUCUUGGCCCGAAAGCCAGAUGAACAAGCCGUGUGGCUGAUGCCAGACUUCGGAUUUUGGGCAUGGGAACACGGCAAGGCUGACGGCAAGAUCGGUCCGUAUACUCAGGUGGUUGAUCGUAUUCGACACAAAGAGGUCCCUUGGGAAGAGAAAGAGCCAAAGCUGGUGUGGAGGGGAAAACUGAGCUUCGCGGCGAAGAUGCGACGGGCAUUGCUGGAGGCAGCAAGGAAUCAGCCAUGGGCUGACGUCAAGGAAAUAGUAUGGAAGGACAAGACAAACUUUAUCAGCAUGGAGGACCACUGCCGGUAUCGCUUCAUUGCUCAUGUGGAAGGACGAUCCUAUUCUGCAUCCCUCAAAUAUCGCCAGGCAUGCGGUUCUAUCGUCGUCGCACAUAAGCUCCAGUAUAUCCAACACCACCACUAUCUCCUUGUCUCGUCCGGCCCGGAUCAAAAUUUUGUUGAAGUAGAGCGCGACUUUUCUGAUCUGCCAGCGAAAAUGCAGGCAUUGCUAGACGAUCCAACGUCUGCUGAGCGCAUUGCCAAUAACAGUGUCACUACCUUCCGGGAUCGAUAUUUGACGCCAGCUGCAGAGUCAUGUUAUUGGCGUGAGCUUUUGAAUCGGUGGACAGCGACGUCACCACAUGUUACGGAUGCGAUUAGGCCAUCUGAAUAUUUACGCAGUAAAAUGCGUUAUGAGUCUUUUCUAUUACUCGAUAGCCAGAGAAUCAUGCAUUUUCCAUGA